AUGAUUCUGAAAGUCUGUACAAGCCUUUUGCUCUUAUUCUUGGUCAAUUCUGCGUGGACUCGAACUGUGAGACAAGUUUAUGAUGAUCUGGAUCCUGGCCAUUGGUCUCACUAUACUUCUGAAUGUCCACAGGAGUGCUUUUGUCCUCCUAGUUUCCCCAAUGCAUUAUACUGUGAUAACAAAGGACUUAAAGAAAUACCUCCAAUUCCAGCCAGAAUUUGGUACCUCUAUCUUCAAAACAACCAAAUUGAAAAAAUUUCAGAGAAGCCUUUUGCAAAUGCCACUCAUCUGAGAUGGAUAAAUCUGAACAAGAAUAAGAUCACAAACAGUGGAAUUGAGAGUGGUGUGCUGAGCAAGCUGAAAAGACUACUUUACUUAUUCCUUGAAGAUAACGAAUUGGAAGAGGUCCCUGCCCCAUUACCAGUGGGUCUGGAACAGCUAAGACUAGCUAGAAACAAAAUCUCCAAAAUCCCAGAAGGAGUCUUCAGCCACUUGGAAAACCUUACCAUGUUAGACCUCCACCAGAACAGUUUGUUGGACAGCGCUCUUCAAAGUGACACCUUCCAAGGACUCAACAACCUUAUGCAGCUCAACAUAGCAAAAAAUUCACUCAAGAAAAUGCCUUUAAGCAUUCCAGCUAAUACACUGCAGCUGUUUUUGGACAACAACUCCAUCGAAGUUAUACCAGAAAACUACUUCAGUGCAAUACCCAAAGUGACUUUCCUUAGGCUGAACUACAAUAAACUAUCUGAUGAUGGUAUCCCUCCAAAUGGGUUUAAUGUUUCAUCUAUUCUAGACCUACAGCUGUCUCACAAUCAGCUCACUAAAAUUCCACCAAUCAAUGCUCACCUUGAGCACCUUCAUCUUGAUCACAACAAAAUCAAAAGUGUCAAUGGUACUCAGAUAUGCCCAGUUUCCAUUGCCCUAGAAGAAGAUUACGGUUAUUAUGGCAACAGCCCGCGCCUCCGAUACCUUCGUCUGGAUGGAAAUGAAAUUCAACCUCCAAUCCCAUUGGACAUCAUGAUUUGUUUCCGACUACUUCAAGCUGUUGUCAUAUAA